AUGGCGAUUUCAGAACUAAUACAGACCCUACAAGACUACGAGUGGCCGCAUUUUCUUCAGCCUCACGCUGAAGUUUUGCUUUUAUGGAUCACGUGGGCUGUCGAUUACAUCGAUAUUGAUUAUUUCGAGUAUCUUCUCUGGCUACUGCUUCCAUUCUUCAUAUUAUUCGUGUUCCCAAUAUUUUUGGCGCUCUUCAUCUAUGGUUGCGUGAUAUUCGUGCACAUUUAUGGGCAUCGCCAUCAAAUUCGCGAGGCAUAUCACACGAGCUAUUGGGAUGGAGCUCGAGUGGCGAUUGCGUCGUUUUGGGAUGGCGUCGGAAGUGUUUGGCACGGCUACGAACUUGAUGGAAUUGAGAACGUGCCGGACGAGGGACCGGCGCUAUUCAUCUAUUAUCACGGAUGCCUUCCAUUGGAUGUCUAUUAUCUGAUUUCGAAAUUAGUUAUCCACAAAAACCGGUCACUUCAUUGCGUUGGCGACAAGUUCAUCUUCAAAAUUCCGGGCUGGCGACCGCUCUGCAAGAUGUUCUCAAUCACGGCUGGAACUGUUGAAGAAUGCACACAACAGCUGAAAGACGGCAAUUUGUUGUGCAUUGCACCCGGUGGUGUUCGAGAAGCGUUGUUCUCCGAUCCGAACGUCUAUGAUAUUUUGUGGGGUAAACGUUUGGGAUUUGCCAAGGUCAUCAUCGGCAGUAAAACGCCAGUAAUUCCGAUGUUCACCGAAAAUUGCCGCGAAUCGUUCCGAACGCCCGAAUGGGGUCGCAGCUUCUUUCGGUGGAUCUACGAAAAAACGAAAAUGCCGUUGUGCCCGAUCUACGGCGGAUUUCCGGUGAAAAUGAUCACCCAUUUGGGAAAACCGAUUUAUUUCGAUUUCGACACGGUAACACCCGAAGAGGUGCGAAAAACGAUCAAACGCGAGAUUCGCUAUCUCAUCAAAGAGCAUCAACGAUUGCCGGGAAGUGUGAUUCGUGGGAUCGCCCAGAGGUGGGGCGGCAAAAAACCGAAAAAAGAGACGCCUGAAGAGACCGAGCUCCUUCAACAAAACGGAAACGGCGCACAUGCUCCCGAGGCGACAUUGUCGGACUCGGAAAACGUUCCAACGAUUCGACCGGGCAUUGACGCUGAUGAUGAGCGUGAGGAAAUCGGAGGCAUAUAG